GUCGUCAUCUGCGAGCGACAAGCGUUUGAAGAAUAGCGCUGUAAUUUGGUAUAUGACUAUUGUUUACACUACAGCCUGAGAGAGGAAUGAACGAAGCCCAGUCGAUGCCGCAGGGUCUUUCUGCAGCCUGGGACACAGUGACAUCUGCACUGGUGUCUCCUGUGCCACCAAAUGCUUCUACUGAUAAGGUUCUCUCUGAAGCCUUGGCCCUGCUGGGUGUACAUGGACUGGGUCAGUAUGUGGAAGGUUGGCUGCUUGAGACUCUGCAGGUGCGUUUGACUACUUCUGUUGCACCAGACUUCUGGACGGGGCUCAAGCAGCCAGAGGGGGAGUCACAGGAGAGAGACAGGGCAAAGGCUUUAAUAGAAGCCUUCCAAAACCUUCUCCAAGAGCUGCAACCUUUCCUUGAUGGUCUUGAGAGACUGGGCUCAUGGCAGGAUGAGGGUCGUGGAGGUCUGUCUGGUCCAGGGGCCUGUGGUCUGACAGAGAGAGCUUUCUCUGUCAUUCGUGCCAUUCUUCUGUUCUCUCCUCCACCUGUGCUGCAAGAGCGUGUGUUAGAGUUUUACAGCCGCACAUUCUCCGUACACAUGAGUCAGGCCGGGGAAGCAGUGGAGGCUGAGGAGGGCCAUGAUGAAGGUGGUUUGUGCCCAGGCUGUGCCGUCCUCCCUCACCUGUGUUGGUGUCAGGAAGCUCUAGAGCAGCUUCAAGGGCUCAGCCACAUACUCUCCACACUACAGCUGUUGGAGCGUGUGAGCUCAGAGGCCGUGACCAGCAUCUUGCACCAGCUGAUAGAGAAGAGGAUGGAGCAGCGCUGCAGGGGAGAAUACGAAAGCUCUUUUCUCACAGACUUCAAUGAUGUAAACACUUUUCAAACAGUUACAAAGCAGAAGAUGUUUAAUUUGGUAUGAUCUUGAAUGUUGAUG